AUGAAAGGCACCCACUCUUUCGCUGGACUUGUGCUCUUGAUCAUUGUUCAGAGCAGCUUGCAGAUCCCGCAGGAGGACACAGAGGACAACUCUAGCCUAUUGACAGAGGACUCUAUGUUCAGUGAGCCAAGGGAGCUUUCAAACAUGAAGAGACAUUCAGAGGGAACAUUCUCUAACGACUACAGUAAAUAUCUCGAGUCGAGACGAGCGCAAGACUUUGUCCAGUGGCUAAUGAACUCCAAGAGAAGUGGUGGUCCCAUCAAACGACAUGCAGAGGGUACCUACACCAGUGACGUGAGCUCCUACCUGCAGGACCAGGCAGCCAAGGACUUUGUGUCCUGGCUGAAGAAUGGCCGAGGCAGACGAGAAUAGGGCUCCUCUACUCAGCCACAGAGUCCCAGUGUCUU